AUGACGAAAUACACCAUCCUCGUCGCGUCCUACACAAACUCCAUCGUCUCGCUCGCCUUCGACACCGAUAAACCCACCGAGCUCACCACCGUAUCCUCCACCGACGUCGGACACCACCCUUCAUGGAUCACUGCCCACCCCGAGGACCCCAACCUCGUCGUCACCGGUCUCGAGCAGUCGGACGGGAAGAUCGUCACUCUCAAGUACGACGCGGCGACUGGGAAGGGACAGGUCGUGUCUGAAGUGACGAGUGGAGGAAGAGAUCCGUGUACGCUGCUCGUUCUCCCCGAGUCCAAGGAAGUCCUAGUCGGAAACUACUCCUCAGGAUCAGUCUAUGUAGCCCCGAUCUCCACGAACGACCCCUUCGUGGCCUCGACGGGCUACACCGUCUCGUUCACGGGCACAGGCCCCAACCAGUCCCGCCAAGAAGGGUCGCACCCGCACCAAGUCAUCAAACACCCCGAAUACAACGAACUCUUCGUCCCAGACCUAGGCGCAGACGUCGUCCGACGACUCAAGAAAGACCCCUCAUCAGGCCAAUGGAAACCCGCUGGACACAUCGGCUUCGAACUCGGCGGCGGUCCUCGACAUGUCGCUUUCUACAAGGGCGAUCUCUUCACUAUCCUCGAACUAUCCAGCAAAGUCGUGCGACACACCCUCCCCCCUCUCCCCGAGGCACCUAAAUUCGUGGCAUCAGUACCGACAAUGUCCAACCCCCCACCCACACCAAACGACAUGCUCGCAGCCGAGAUCUACAUCCCCACACCCAACGCAUCCUUCCCCACCGCCUACCUCUACCUCUCAAACCGCAAUGACCCCUCACCCGAGGGCGACAUCAUCUCCAUCUUCGCCAUCGAGAACCCAGAGGAGCCCCUCAAGUUGAUCAAGGAAGUCAGAACUGGGUUGAAGCAUGUCCGUGGAAUGGAGUUCUUUGGGGACGACGAUAGGUACCUCGUCGCUGGUGGAGGACGUGGUGGAGGAGCCAAGAUCUACGAACGCGUAGACGGUGGAAAGGACCUCAAACUCCUCGCUGAGAACCCAUCCGUCGAGGCUCCUACUGGUUUCCGAGUCUUGAAAGCCUAA